UGGUGCACCCCAAGGGGGGAAAAAUAUAUAAUAAUUAUUGCCACUGGCAACCAAUCAGAUCGCAGCUCACACUUUCUACCCUGUUCUAUCAAACUGUCACUUGGAAUUUGAUUGGACAACACUACAAUGUGUUUUUUUAGUUUUUUAUUAAGAGUCCACUCCCAACCCCCAAAAAAACACAACUCCCUGUAGCAGUCUGACAUCACUUCGCCAGGGUGACGGUCACAACAAGCUCAUGUCCUGCUGGUGACUUUUUCCGGUUCGUAUUGUUCUCCCCUCAAUCCUUCCGUCGUGCAGUUCUGGCAGCACAGUACGCAUGCGCGCUCAGGUCAUUCGUCUCCUAGCAACCAGCAGAGCGACUGUAGCAACCGAAACAUGGCUAAAGCAACAACUAUUAAAGAUGCGCUAUCCAAAUGGGAAGAAAAGACGGGGCAGAAAGCGGCAGAAGCCAAAGAAGUGAAGCUGUAUGCCCAGGUCCCACCCAUUGAGAAGAUGGAUGCCUCCCUGUCCACACUGGUCAACUGCGAGAAAUUAUCGCUUUCCACCAAUUGCAUUGAAAAAAUCGCCAAUCUGAAUGGGCUGAAAAACCUCAGAAUAUUGUCUCUAGGAAGGAAUAAUAUAAAGAAUUUAAAUGGAUUGGAAGCUGUUGGAGAAACUCUAGAAGAGCUGUGGAUCUCCUACAAUUUAAUUGAGAAGUUGAGAGGGAUUCAUGUCAUGAGGAAGUUAAAAGUUCUCUACAUGUCUAACAAUGCUGUGAAAGACUUGGCGGAGUUUGGGAAGCUGGCUGAUCUGCCGUGUUUGGAGGACCUAGUGUUUGUCGGGAAUCCUCUGGAGGAAAAGCACACGCUAGAGGGUAACUGGAUAGAAGAGGCAACAAAACGUCUUCCCAAGCUGAAGAAACUGGAUGGAAAUCCAGUCAUAAAGCAAGAAGACGAGGACGGGGAUGAGGCCUCCUAAUCUAUUUUUGGUAUCCUAUUAAAUUAUUUGAAUAUAUCGAUCAAAAAAUAUUAUAAUUUUUUUUUUUUUAUAAAUGUUAUUUGUAUAUAAGAAAAAUAUGUUUUGGAAUGGUUUCCUUUUUUUUUACUUGCAUCCUUAUGUAUGAAAGCAUUAUCUUAACCAUUCAAACAGUAUCAGGGUGAAGAAAACGCUCCAAAAAUAUAUAUAUCUAUUUUAUUUGCACAAAAUGGAGGAUGAAUAUAGAAUUUUUUCCUCCCAUCUGAAAUGAAGCACACAGAAAAUAUUGUAGUAAUACAGUGAUAGGUUAUUGGUCUCAUCCAUUAAAGGGGUUUUGUCGACCAGCAACACAGGAUAGGGUAAAAGUGUCUGAUGGGUGAGGGUCCAACUGCUGGGACCCCUGCCGAUAACGAGACCAACGGUCCUGUGUACUCUGCAAUCUGUGGAAGCCCCAUAUGGUUGAAUUGUGCAGCAGCAGACAUGCACGACUGCCACUCAGUUCAAACAGGGGACAACAGCCACCCCCCUUCUUAUGAUGGAGGGCUUCCCCAGCAGUUGGAUCUCCAACCAUCAGACACUUAUCCCCUAUCCUGAUGUCAGUUCUGCUCUCCUGCAUUGGUAAAACUACAUGUUAAGGGGGUUGUGUCAUCUCAAGCAUUGGUGGCACCUCAGGGACCCACACCUAUCUCUAGAACGGAGCCCGCAAAGUGAAGGAGAGCAGACCGCACACGGGCGGGCGACCUCCCUCCCUCCAUUCAUUUCUAUGGGAGUGUUGAAAAUAGCCGAGCAGCGCACUUUAUUUUCAGAGGUCCUUUAGAAAUGAAUAGCGCAAGUUGUGGCGAACACAAAAGGGGAGAGGUGCUCAUGGGGGUAGCAGGUCUAAUGGUUAUAGAGCGGUAUUAGAAUGCAUGGAGACACAGUGGGUCAGCGCUGCCAUGUCUUCAGAUCCUCAGACCAUUGGGUAGCCAACCCUCCGUUAAGAGUGAACAGAACGGAUAAAAGGAUGCAGACAAUAGGGAGGGCCUGCACAACUUGGACACCUCCUGGCGCAAACAAGACCAGAAUG